AUGUCCGUGGCGAAACGCUCCCUCAACGUUGGUGUUGUGGGAAUGGGUAACAUGGGUGUUCCCAUUGCCCGCAAUAUUGGAUUUAAAUCCCGCGGUGCUGUUUAUUUACAACUACACAGCCGCACUCUGCAGAAGGCCCGCCGUGUGUGUGAUGAUCUCGCCGUUGACGGUGCCGCCUGUGCGAUGCGCAUACACGACCGCUACGCCACCAUGACGAAAUGGUGUGAUGUGCUCUUGUUGACACUCGCCGAUGUUGGCGCCGCCCGACAUGUGCUGCUUGAACACAACGAGGCUCUCGUGCGCAAUGCCCGCAAGGGUCAAAUCAUUGUGGAUCACACCACUGUAGAUGCGGAGACCUCGCGGGAGUGUGCGCAUGAGGCGGAGCGGCGUGGGGCGUACUUUUUAGAUGCCCCGAUGAGUGGCAGUCCGCGUGCGUGUUUUAAUGCCCAACUGCUGUUGAUGGUCGGCGGCCACGCGGAGUCGUUUCAGCGAUUACUUCCCAUCUUUCACAUGUACGCCGACCAUGUGAUUCACAUGGGCGAGAGCGGCAGCGGCUCCGCGACUAAAAUGAUCACGCAGGCCCUCGUCGCCGCCCACAACGCCGCUGCCGCGGAGGCCCUCACGAUGGCCCACCGCCUCGGCGUGGAGGAUCAGAAGAAACUCGUGCAGGUGUUGGACGCCUCGUGGGGGGGAAGUACGAUGCUGCGCCGCAAUGCCCCACUCCUGCAGGAUCUCAUCCGCAAUCCAGACAAACUCCCACCAACAUCCACCGCCAGUGUAGAUAAGCUGCUGCAGGAUCUCUCCCUUCUUGAUGCCUCGCUUUUAAAGCAAAGUCGAAUAGUAACAAGAGGAGGAAAAGGAGAAGAAGAGGAUGAACCGUUUCCGGUGUUGGAUGCCGCACUGCGUUCAUUAGCAGCAGCCUCCGAUGCAGGUAUGGGUGAUCGUGAUAUUGCAGCUGCAGUGCAUUACAUACAGGCCGGAGAAGCCGAGCUGCGGAGUCGACUUGUAGCAGAGAAAAACAAGAACAAGAGUAGCACAAAUCAAACAAACGUAAAUGAGAAUAUUAAUACUGGUGGUUAUAGUCUUGGUAGUGGUAGUGUUGUUGAUGUUGGAUUUGGGGAUGAUCUUAAUAGUAAUACUAAUAAUGAUGAUAAUGUUAAUAAGAACCAGAGUAGCAGUAUUGGCGGAACAGCUACUAGUACUACUACUAGUACAGAGAAAUAUACUGAGUUUGGAGAGGAGGACUUUUAUUAA